AUUGGUAUGGAACUGAAACUCACCUAUUCCGAGACUUACCAGCUUUGAAACACAGGUAUACUGGCUGGAUUAUGAAUUAGGUUUUUUUGUAACUGUCAGGAUUUGCAUGUUUGGAAAUCUGAAAAAUCAUUCUAUUAAUUAAUGGUGUCCCAUUCCCUAAAUGCUUAUGAUUUUUCCAAUUUAAUUUGAUGUGUAAAUGUUAAAUGUGUGGUGAACUGAAGAAUCUUUCAUAUAUGGAAAGAAGAUGUUUAAGUCUUUACAAAUACAUUCAUUUUUAUGCACUCUUGCAAAAAACAAAUGGUUUCAACCAUGGACUGUUAGUUUUCCCAGUUCCUAGUUAAAAACCAAUAGUAAAUUGGAGCAAUAAGGGGAGAAACAAGAAAAAGAAGAUGCCAGCAGCAGUGUGGUUUGCUUUGAAGAGGUCAUUUAAGUGUAAAUUUUCAAAAGGGGAUGCACAUGAUCCACACCCAAGUGGUAAAAACACAUCAAGGACCAAAAGGAAAGUGAAAAACAGGUCUGUAUGUUCAAAACCAAACUUGCAAAGCCCCACUAAACCUGUUGGAAAAUCUAAACUUGUCAAUCCAAUUGCUGCUCCCUAUGUGGGAAUGGUUAAUACAGUGUGGACACCUGUAAAUGGGGGAAGCCAACACAGUGGGCCCCCAAGAAGGAAAGGGCUAUAUAAUGGACCUCUGAGAAGGGGAUUGUCCAGAUCAUCGGGUUUUACUUGGGCUGGAAGAGAUUCAAGUAGCUCUCAACCUUUGAGUUGUCCCAAAUGUGGUGAGAAGUUUUCAGAAUGGAAAGAUGUUGAAUCGCAUCACCUCUCCAACCAUGCUGUCACACAAAUAGUUGAAGGAGACUUGUCAAGAGAAAUAAUAGAAAUGAUCUGCAGAACCAACCUGCAGUCAUCAAUGCACUCCGGCAACAAAGAGGAUAGCAAUGGUAUUCAAAUGGUCUUGAAAGUGCACAACACCCUAAAGACACUAACUCAAUUUGAAGAGUAUCGCGAAGCAGUUAAGACGAAAGCCAACAGACUAGUCAAAAAACACGCACGUUGCCUUGCCGAUGGGAACGAGCUAUUGAGAUUCCAUGGCACAACCGUGGAAUGCCAUUUAGGCAUGGGAGAUUCCUCAGGUUUAUGUGUGUCACAUACAUGUGAUGUUUGCCAAAUUCUGAGACACGGGUUCACGAUCAACAGUGGGGUCGGGGUGUUGACGGCGUCCACGAGCCGAGGGGCACUUGAGGGCGUAAAGGUAAAGGAUGGCGGUGGUGAGAGGAAGGUAGUGAUGGUGUGUAGAGUGAUUGGUGGAAGGGUGCAUAGAGCACUUGACAGUGUUGAAGAGAUUGGGUGUGAACCAUCAUUAGGGUUUGAUUCUCUAGCUGGUCAUAAAGUGGGUGGUUUGAGCUCAGGUGUUGUAGAAGAGCUCAUUGUACUCAGCCCCAAAGCUUUGCUUCCUUGCUUCAUUGUCAUUUAUAAAGCAUAAACAUAAUUUUGUAAUGCACAAGGUAAUGAAGAUAGGCGGAACCUAACCCUUGAAUGGUAUGGUAGGGCACGGGAAAAACAUGUAGACCAAGGAGAAGCAAGUGAAGAACAUACAAAAACAAAAGAGUAGACCUCAUAUGCAGUGGCGGACCCAGAGAUUUGUGAGAGCGGGAGCACACUAGACACUAAAGUUAGUCUAUAACUCUAUAAUAAAAACUCCAAAUGUAAUAAAAAU